AGAGCGUCUGUAAGAAAGAGCCUGAAGAGCGCCUGGCCCUUUUGCUGAUCCCAGACUACCGCCAUUAAACCCCUUUCCAAAACCCAGGAAACCUUGCUCAAAUAGUAAGGAACGACUCUUCUCUCUCUCUCUCUCUCUCUCACGGUAUCCAGAAUGAAGAAAUGGAGCAGGAAGAAGACCCAACUCUCCCUGUUCUUGGCCUUCUUCUCCUUCUUUAUGUUCUCCUCUUUUCUCAACGAUCACCGCCAGAGCACAACUAGAAAACUGCCGGACUCGAAGCACUCCUCCGUCCAGCCUUCUUUUCCUACAUACUUCACCAUCAACACCUCCAACCCCGGAACCAAGAAGCCGGUCUUAGGUGCUUCAGAUUGGUCCAAGGCCUGUGCUUCUGCCCGGAGCUACAAAGGCAAGUCGAAUUCAGUGAUGGAAAACCAAUGGCAGCGUGAGAGCUGGUCAGAUGGGUGUGAUGUCUUCUCAGGAAGAUGGAUCUAUGAUAAUAUCUCGUACCCUCUGUACGAUGAGGGCACAUGCCCUUAUAUGUCUGAUCAGCUGGCAUGCGGGAAGCAUGGCAGGCCGGAUAAGGAGUACCAGAAGUGGCGGUGGCAGCCCCAUGAUUGCAACUUGAAGAGGUGGAAUGCAACAGAAACGCUGGAGAAGCUGCGAGGCAAGAGGCUGAUGUUUGUUGGUGAUUCUCUAAACAGAGGCCAAUGGAUAUCCAUGGUAUGCCUCAUACAAUCUGUGGUUCUGGCUGACAAGAAAUCAAUGUCACCCAAUGCUGCCUUAACCAUAUUCAGGGCAGAGGAAUACAAUGCUUCAGUUGAGUUUUACUGGGCACCGCUGGUUGUAGAAUCAAAUUCUGAUGACCCAGUUAACCACAGAUUUGAUGACCGGAUCAUCCAACCAGAUUCAAUUCUCAAACAUGCAUCUCAGUGGGAGAAAGCAGAUAUUCUUGUUUUUAAUUCAUACUUAUGGUGGAGAAGUGGUUCAAAGAUAAAGUUACUAUGGAAUAGGGAUGAUGUGAUUUGUGAAGAAGCCAAUGGACUGGAUGCUAUGAAGUUGGCCUUAGAGACAUGGGCAGAUUGGGUUGCAUCCAGUGUUGAUCCCCUGAGACAGAAAGUAUUCUUUGUUACCAUGUCACCUACCCAUCUCUGGAGCCAGGAAUGGAAUCGAGGAAGCGAAGGUAACUGCUUUCACGAGAAAACUCUAAUUGAAUCAGAAGGUUACUGGGGAAGUGGGUCUGACCUUGAUACCAUGCGAAUGGUAGAGAGCAUAUUGGACAGGUUGGGGCCAAAGGUUUUGGUUAUCAACAUUACUCGGCUUUCGGAGUACCGAAAAGAUGGGCAUCCAUCAAUCUAUAGGAAGUUCUGGGAGACGUUGACCCCCCAGCAACUGGCGAAUCCUGUUAGUUAUGCUGACUGCAUACACUGGUGUUUGCCUGGCGUACCUGAUAUUUGGAAUGAGUUGUUGUUUAAUUUUUUGUGAGCUUUGCAUACAAUAUGAUUGGUAUCUACCUUUGCGAACAAUCACGUUAGGGAGUAUAAUUUCUACAUCAAUGGAAAUGCUGCAAUGAGUUGCCAUGUGAGGGUCACUUGAUGAUGCAUUCUGAAGGUUAGUAUAUCGAACAUAUAUACUUAAUGUUCUUUUAGUGGCUGCAUGUGUUCCGGACAUGUGGUAUACUGCUAAAUACAAUUAGCACUCAGUUGUCUUCAUGCUGUGAUACAAAAAAACAUGAAUACUGAUUGGUUCCUUAGAGUUGGUUUGGCGAUUUUAACAUGUUCAUUAGGGUUGC